AGGUAUAAUUUCAUGAAUCAAAAUUCUCCAUAAAAACAAAACAAACUCAUCAAAAUCCAAUGCCCCACUCAUUCUCUGCACUUUUCUCUUUCUUCUCCCUUCCACUCUCCUCACUCAACUCUCUCUUUCUCAGGUACACUUAGUCAAGAGUCACAGUCACACACACCCAAAACCCAAAGCUUAAACGAGUGUUAGAAAAAGAUAGUCCAAACAAAGAAUCUCUAUCUCUCUCUUUCUUCCUUUCUUGCUCUCCAAAUGUUGUCAUCAACAGCUGGUGAAGACACCGGCUACAAUAGCAAAACUAAAACUCUUCACAGACUUUCUUCUUCUUCUUCUUCUUCUUCUUCAAAAUCAUCAUCAACAUCUUCUUCUUCUUCUCCUACACCGUUUUCACCUUCAAAUAACAGUACUACUCUCCUUUACCAUAGUAAUAAUCAUAAUAAUACCCAGCAAAAAUCUAAAACCAUGGAAGAAGUAUGGAAAGACAUUGCUUCUCUUCAUGACCAUCCUUCUACUGAUCAAGACUUCUCUAGACUCCAUAACCUCCCUUCUUCUCAUCAUCAUAACCCUAACUUUAUUCUUCAAGAUUUCUUUGCUAGACCUACAAAAACCGUCUCCACCUCUACUACUACUCAUGUAGAUACUAUUACUACUACUACUAAUCUCUAUGGUUCUUCCACUGUUCCACCACCUCCUGCUACUGUUCUAAGCUUAAACUCUUCGUCUCAUGUUUUUGAUUUUAUUGAUAACUCCGAUCCUCUUAUAAGGCCUAGUAUUCAUUUGCCUACUAAUCCAGUCUCAAAUGUUACUUCUUUUGAUAGCCCUUUUGAGGGUUUACCUUCUUUUGGAAGGAAAAGGGUUCAAGAAUCUGAUACUAGUUCUUGUGAUCGCCGCCAUAAGCGAAUGAUCAAGAACAGAGAGUCAGCUGCUCGAUCAAGAGCAAGAAAACAGGCUUAUACUAAUGGGUUAGAGCUAGAAAGAGCACAGCUUCUUGAAGAGAAUGCAAGACUCAAAAGACAACAAGAAGAGUUAUACUUAGCUGCAGCAGCUCAACUUCCCAAAAAGCACACACUCCAUCGAACGUCAACGGCUCCAUUUUGAGCAGUAGGGAUACAUGACUGCUUUCGAUUUUACCUAAUAUUUUUCUCUUUAACCUUAGCACAGUUCCUUUAUGGGUUUUUCUUUUUAGUCAUUUGUUUUGGUUGAUGUUUUGGUGAGCAGAGAGAGAGAGAGAGAGAGAGGUAAGUGCUUUUGGAAAAGGAAGAACAUGUAAGUUGGAAAAGGAAAGUGUUUUUUAGCAUAAUCCCAAAUAGGCAGGAACAUUUGAGUGGUGGGUCUUGAGUUGAGCUGGGGGACUGAAUUGGGUUUGGCUUUUGGAUCUUCGUAUUUUGUUAUGUCAAUUUAACAAAAGUCAGCUAAUUGUUAAAAAUAAUUUUGGUAUUUCCAAAUAGUGGAUGGUUGGAUGGAGAAGAGCAAUUCCAAGAAGAUGCAUAGUAAGAGGGGAAAAAAGAAAAAAGAUUGGACAUGACAUUUUGUUCUUGAUGAACUUUAAAAGCCCAUCACUUUCGGAAAAAAAAAAAAAAAAAUUAAAAAUCAGACUCUCUCCUUAUCUCUUUAUCCUUUAUUUUCAAAGGUCUGUCUAUAUUGGUGAUACCUGGUGAUAGCACAAUCUUUUCUGUUCCUUUAUAAUUACAUAUCUCCCCAUUUGAUGGAUGCCUUCCCUUCAUUUCACUUCCUCGUGUUUCUUUCUUGGUUCCAUUAUUCAAAAGGUUGCAGGGAUUACACAUGUCAUCUUUUGAUUGAAAACACAGCAGUCCAACAACAGCCAAAAAGCCUAGAGGAAUUUCAUCACCAACAUCAACUAAAUAUCUGUUUAUAUUUCAUUCUCAUGUGGGUAUCUAAGCUAACUUGAAUUUGAUGUGCUUCUUGUUAAUCACAGCUAAUUUUUGUAUAUACUUUGGUUGUUUUCUUUAGUAAAAUAACUACUACAAGUCUGGAAUUUUAAGUUCCUCCCUGGUUUCUA